GGCAUAUAUAGAACUACAACCUGACUCGUAGCAUCACUCACGUUGCGAUCGUUGACGAGGAAACUUCUUCGUAUCUUCUUCUAUACGUUCUACGUUUAUACAAAAGGUUAAGCAGCAAAAAUGGCAAAGGCACCAGCAAUUGGUAUUGAUUUGGGAACUACCUACUCCUGCGUCGGAGUGUUCCAGCAUGGAAAGGUCGAAAUCAUAGCUAAUGACCAGGGUAACCGCACGACGCCCAGUUAUGUGGCCUUCACAGACACUGAGCGUCUCAUCGGUGAUGCCGCCAAAAACCAGGUGGCGAUGAACCCCAACAACACCAUCUUCGAUGCCAAGCGAUUGAUUGGACGUCGUUUUGACGAUCCUCCAGUCCAAGCUGACAUGAAGCACUGGCCAUUCACAGUCAUCAGUGAUGCCGGAAAGCCCAAAAUUCAAGUUCAGUACAAAGGUGAAACGAAGUCAUUCUUCCCGGAAGAGGUGAGCUCGAUGGUCUUGGUGAAGAUGAAGGAAACGGCCGAGGCCUACCUUGGCCUGACUGUCACUAAUGCCGUGAUCACCGUGCCAGCCUACUUCAACGACUCACAGCGUCAGGCAACGAAGGACGCCGGUACCAUCUCCGGCUUGAACGUGCUGCGUAUCAUCAACGAACCCACGGCCGCUGCAAUCGCCUACGGUCUCGACAAGAAGGCCCAAGGCGAGCGCAACGUGCUCAUUUUCGAUCUCGGGGGUGGCACGUUCGAUGUUUCCAUCCUUACCAUCGAGGAUGGCAUCUUUGAAGUCAAGUCCACGGCUGGCGAUACGCAUCUCGGUGGAGAGGACUUCGAUAAUAGGAUGGUCAACCAUUUCGUACAGGAGUUCAAGCGCAAGUACAAGAAAGACCUCACUGCCAACAAGCGUGCCCUACGUCGUCUGCGCACGAGCUGCGAGCGCGCCAAGCGUACUCUUUCCUCCUCGACCCAGGCCAGCAUCGAGAUCGACUCGCUGUAUGAAGGCAUUGACUACUAUACCAGCAUCACGCGAGCCCGAUUCGAGGAACUCUGUGCUGAUCUCUUCCGCGGUACUCUCGAACCAGUCGAGAAGUCCCUACGUGACGCCAAGAUGGACAAGGCCCAGAUUCACGAUAUCGUCCUCGUUGGAGGCUCCACCCGUAUCCCCAAAGUACAGAAGCUCCUCCAGGACUUCUUCAACGGCAAAGAGCUUAACAAGUCCAUCAACCCCGACGAGGCCGUUGCAUACGGAGCUGCCGUACAGGCUGCCAUCCUUCACGGAGACAAGUCUGAAGAGGUUCAAGAUCUUCUGCUCCUUGAUGUCACUCCCCUCUCUCUGGGUAUUGAAACUGCUGGCGGUGUCAUGACUGCGCUCAUCAAGAGGAACACCACUAUUCCUACUAAGCAGACCCAAACGUUCACCACCUACGCCGAUAACCAGCCAGGUGUAUUGAUUCAGGUCUACGAAGGUGAGCGAGCUAUGACUAAAGAUAACAACUUGCUUGGAAAGUUCGAGCUUAGCGGAAUUCCUCCUGCUCCUCGUGGUGUACCACAAAUCGAAGUCACCUUUGAUAUUGACGCCAACGGUAUCCUCAACGUCUCUGCUGUUGACAAAUCGACGGGCAAGGAGAACAAGAUCACCAUCACAAACGACAAAGGACGUCUCAGCAAGGAAGACAUCGAGCGCAUGGUUAACGAAGCUGAAAAAUACCGCAGCGAAGACGAGAAGCAGAAAGAAACCAUUUCCGCCAAGAACGGGCUUGAGUCUUAUUGCUUCAACAUGAAGAGCGCCGUAGAAGACGAGAAAAUCAAGGACAAGAUCAGCGCCACUGACAAGCAAGUCGUUCUCGACAAAUGUAACGAAAUCAUCAAGUGGCUCGACCAAAACCAGCUUGCCGACAAAGAGGAGUUCGAACACAGGCAAAAAGAGCUUGAAGCCGUCUGCAACCCCAUCGUUACAAAGAUGUACCAAGGCACAGCUGGGGCAGGUGGUAUGCCCGGAGGUAUGCCUGGCGGUUUCCCAGGUGCAGCUGGUGCUCCAGGUGGUGGUGCCCCAGGUGCCGGUGGCGCUGGUGGCCCAACCAUUGAAGAAGUUGAUUAAAGUAGAUUAAUGUUACUUCAACAAUAAAUACAGAUAAUUCAUUUAAAUAA